AAACACCUCGGUUCAGUUCAGACUCGGACGUCCUCCGUCGCUCGCCUGCGAUUCUUCGGCCCGUUCGUUUAUUUUUUCAUCCCCGGCUCCUCCUCGUUACCGGCUACUUUAUCACAGCCGCGGAACAAUUACCGUGAUUCUCGGUUCGAAUCGGCUCGUUACGUAAUUCUACCUGGUCCUUCUUCCUACUCGGACGAAGAAACCGGACGGAGCGGUAACUCGUUACACAACGUUGAUCGUUAAAGACGCGUGAAAACCGAGCGGGUGAUGCGUUCGUCGAACGGUUGCGUAGUUCCAAAGCUGUAGAUGUGACGAAAGAACAGAUGAAACUAUCAGCGGUCGUCUCAAUGUGUCGAAUAAAAAAUAAGAGGAUGAACGAAAAACUAUGGAACGAAAAGUUGUCGUCGGGAGAAGUGUGGAUCCGUUAGAAAUCAUGUGACCGUUCUUUCAAAGAGAUAAAAAGUUCAAGUCUCAUUGUCUCGUACAUGCAGUUCGCAUUCGAAUGGAAAGUGCCGGAUGAGAGGACGAUUUCCAGGCGAGAGCACGGAUAGGAUAAUUCUGGUGUCUCGAGGCUCCUGCGGAGUUAACAGGGAAAGUGGAGAUAGCCGAAGGGAAACAAGGAGAGAUGCAGGAGUCUGGGAACACGUGAGAUCGGUGUGCAAAACUAAAGGGAACCUAUUGAUAUUCCUAAGGGAAAAUGGCUCUAACCGCGUCGAGAAACAACUCGCCUGUCGUACGGGACAAGGAAAACACUCCGGCCUAUGACAUCAAGCUGGAACGUGUGCUCGGCGUGACCGUGUCGAGCAACGCGGCCCUGGACUGCGACGCGACCAGCGAGUUGGUCGCCUAUCCUGCUGGCUGCACCGUGGUGUUGUUCAACCCACGGAAGAACAGUCAGGCCCACGUGUUGAACGCUUGUCGCAAGACGGUCACUUCUUUAGCGCUCGCCGGAGAUGGAAGGUUCCUCGCGACCGGCGAAUGCGGUCAUAUGCCGAACGUUCGUGUCUGGGACAUCUCCGAUCCGUACAAUGCAGUACAGAUCGCUGAGUUUUCCGGGCAUAAGUACGGUAUCAACUGCGUGGCAUUUUCACCGAGCAACAAGUACGUGGUGUCGGUCGGCUCUCAGCACGAUAUGAUCGUCAACGUCUGGGACUGGAGGAACAAUGUUAAGGUGGCGUCGAACAAAGUUUCGAGCAAAGUGAAGGCCGUAUGCUUCGCGGAAAACGGCAAUUACUUUGUCACCGUAGGCAACAGACACGUCAAAUUUUGGUACCUCGAGUACUCGCGCAGUGCCAAGUAUAAGGAACCUGUGCCUUUGAUGGGUCGGUCUGCCAUAUUAGGCGAACAGAGAAACAACGAUUUCGUGGACGUGGCCUGCGGCCGGGGGGAAAUGGCAGACUCCACGUACGCGAUCACCAAAACGGGUCUCCUAUGCGAAUUUAAUAACAGGAGACUCUUGGACAAAUGGGUGGAGCUUCGUACGACCAGUGCCAAUUGCAUGGCUGUUGGAGAUAAGUACAUCUUCAUCGGUUGCGCGGAGGGGAUCGUGAGGUGCUUUAGUCCUAGUACUCUUCAAUUCAUUACCACUUUGCCCAGAACGCACUAUCUGGGAGUAGACGUCGCUCAGGGCUUAUCCAUUAGUCACAUGUCUCAGCAUCCGGCGAACGCGAGGUAUCCGGAUGCAAUUGCUCUGGCGUUCGACGAACGGAACAACAAGCUCACCUGCGUGUACAACGACCACAGCAUCUACGUGUGGGACGUGCGUGACAUCAGGCGGGUCGGCAAGUCGCACUCGUUCCUCUACCACUCGGCCUGCAUUUGGGGGGUCGAGAUGUAUCCCACGGGGCCGGAUUCCGAGACUGCGAUGCCCGCCGGUAGCUUCAUCACCUGCUCCAGCGACGACACCAUCCGCGUGUGGAAUCUCGAGAAGGACGUCACGCCGAGCGAGACGCUUUACAAACGCAACAUCUACAGUAACGAGUUGCUAAAGGUUCUCUACAUCGAUCAGGAACUGACUUAUCUGAAGGAUUUGGAUCUGGCCGCGGCUGGAUCGUCGGAGAAGAGCGACGCGUCGUACGACGGUCGUAACGGAGUCCGAUCGAUCCGCGUCAGCCCGGAUGGGAAACAUUUGGCGUCCGGCGACAGGUCCGGGAACAUAAGGAUCCACGAUCUUGCUACGUUGGAGGAAUUGUGCUUGAUAGAAGCUCACGACGCGGAAGUCCUUUGUCUGGAGUAUUCCAAGUUCUCCCGGUACUCAACGGACACGCCUAGAUUGCUGGCGAGCGCCUCCAGGGAUAGACUGAUCCAUGUGUUCAGCGUCGAUCAGGGUUAUAACUUUUUACAAACGCUCGACGAUCACAGCUCGUCCAUUACUGCCGUCAGAUUCUUCAACCAGAGCAAUCAGAGCAACCAGAUACAGAUGGUGUCCUGCGGUGCCGACAAGAGUAUUAUUUUCAGGCAGCUACAAUCGACACCAGGAGGGAUGCCGCAAUUCGCCAGGGGUAACAAUGCUCAAGGGAAGACCACGUUGUACGAUAUGGAAGUCGAUUCUGGGCAGAAGCAUGUUUUAACUGCCUGCCAAGAUAGGAACAUAAGGGUUUACAAUGUAGCCACGGGCAAGCACAGCAAAACUUUCAAGGGAUCCGUCGGUGAAGAUGGCUCGCUAAUCAAAGUCGUUUUAGACGCAUCAGGAAUCUACGUAGCUACCUCUUGUACAGAUAAGACGCUAUGCGUGUACGAUUACUAUAGCGGCGAGUGCAUGGCCACCAUGCUCGGUCAUUCGGAGCUGGUGACGGGACUGCGAUUCAGUCCCGAUUGUCGUAAUCUCGUAUCAGCCAGCGGGGAUGGUUGUAUAUUCGUAUGGCGUGUGCCUCGCGACAUGGUCGUUACUAUGCAGGCGCGUCUCGCUCAGCAAGCAAUGCGAGCUGGAAAGAGGCCGCCUCAGGUGAACGGCACAGGGAUCGACAUACAAUUGGACAACGAGACUUUCGGUUCGCCGCCGCCGGAGUUUCUGGACCCGAACGCGAACCCGACGUCGCAGAACGUAGGCGUGGAUUACAGGUUCAGCGUGGGCCAGCUACCGCUUUGGGCGAAGAAGCAGAUAAACACGGACGAGAGCGCGACCCUGGAUUCGAAUGUCAGGCCCCUCGGCGUCGACUUGCCUAAGGGUAGAUGGGCGCAAAGGGUUCAGCAAGGCGACGGUAUAACGGUCAAAUCUGUGUACGACAGCGACGAGGUGAUACCGUUCCCUCCGCCGCGCGGGGCUCUCGAUUCGGACGGCGGCGGUAACGGAGGAGGUUCGAAGGACAGCUCGAUAGACAGCGGAACCGAGACCAAAUGCAGCAGCGAUUAUCGCAGGGAAACGAUGAUCAUCAAAAGGGAAGAGGACGAAACUGUAUUUCAACCUUGUCCAGAUAGUUACAGAGAAUUAGCAGACGAAACGAAACAGGUGAUCGGUGGUAACGUGACUGUAACUAGAGGUAGCAAUAUCACGGAAUUGACGCGACAGUCGAGGAGUCGUCAUCAUACCGACGACAGCAGUCUUGGCAGCUUUAAAUUCGAGGACCAUGAGAGCACGGAACACGACGGCGAUGUGGAGGAUUAUUCUGAGGGAGAAAACGGUACCACUGGUUCAGAAAAAUCGCAUCACAGGUUGAUGUACUACCCCCCACCGGAGGAUAUCGUGUCCAAUCAGUUUACCGUGAACGCGAUGGACGUGGAAGAGCUUCGAAGGUCUCAGAGGAGGCAGAAGAAACCCAGGAAUGGAGAGAGCGGUCGAACCAGCGAGUUGACCGCUUCCGGUAGUCAAGAUGACUCGGAUUCCGAGGGUGGCGCUUCGACUCCCAGUGCCGAGCGUAAUCCUCUGUCCAUGCUAUCGGAGGCUAGCUCGGAAGGGUUCGACCAAUUGGCGAAACAGAGCCAUCGCGAGAAAUAUCUUAAAAACGCUUUCGAAUCUCUAAGCGGGGCAGAGGAACCCACGAAUCGGACUGCGAAAACUACUACCAUCAGUUCUCAAUUCCACGGAAGACUCAGCGGCGGUAACGAUAACGGUGGGAGCACUAAAAUUCGUAACGCGGCAGUGGUAAACGCGACGAAGCAGGCUAGGGGCGAUGCGGACAUUGUAAAGAAGCGGGAAGAAUUGCAGAGGAGGAUAGAAGAAACCAGAAGAAAAUUGCAAAGUGUCGGCUACAAAUCUUCGUUGAAAACCAGCCAGAGUAUAUCGGACUUAAGCAGCCACAUACCAGAGAAACACCACCGUACGAACAGGCUAAGCACAGGUAACAACAAAUCUGGGCAAUCAACACAAUAUUCGAAACCGAUUAAUCCUUGCAAACCUAUACCGAAUCCGAAACCCCCAUUAAAACAUCAACAAUUCAUUAACAAAGUGUCGGGUGUGGGGAAUGCGCUACCUAAGCUAGAUAUUCCACCUGAAAACUGCUUAUCCAAAAGUCCGACUACGUCGUGCAUAAGUGGCAAGACAAAAUCGUCCGUUAGUCGACCGUUAACGUUAACGUUAAAGAAAACUGAAAAGUAUAAGCUGUCGCUGAAUAAACCGAAUCAGUCGUUGCCGGAAUCGCCGGUCUGCGAGGAGCUCAAGCUCCUGAAGGAACAGUGCAAAAAGAACGUUAGUCGAUUCGCGAGGUUCGCGCAGAAGAGGAGGUCGUGCAGCUAUUUCAUCGGGUUGGACGACAAUGAGGAGGACAUGGAGAAUAUAGCUAAGUCAUUCGAGAGCCUGCCGGCUAUGAACGAACGUAACAUCGAGAUCUUAAACGACGCAAUGGACGAUGGGGACGAGGGCAACGGGAACUUCAGUGAUGACUCGUUGGAAGGCGACUUCAAAAACCCGCCGCGGCGAUGCGUCAGCGACUACCAAAUAAAUAUGCACAUGGAUCAUCAGCAGAACGUUCACAGAAAUUAUUCCACGUACCAAACAUUCCCGAAGCGGAUUCUAACCGGGUCUCAGGAAAGCAUUUUGUCAGACGCGUCGGUUGAGUCUUUCUCAAAAGGGAGCGCGGAGAUCUUGGAUUACAGCCAUUACGACAAUGAGAGGCAUUCCAGCGCGAGUUUCUUUUUGUCCCGCCGGAAAAUGCAAGCUGGUCGAAGCCAGGAGAGCAUUUUAACCGACGAGUCCGAUUACCAGAUGUUCCCGUUACAAGAGAACAACGAUCACCGCAGCACUGAGAGUGUGUUGACCGACGACUCGGAUUCCAUGGUAAAAUCUGCGCCGCUUGAGAUGCUGUUCGACUCCCACUACAAACGGAAGAGGCAGAAUUCGGAAACGUACAGUGGUAAUCCGAACAAUACUCUUGAUCACCAAACGAAUACUAUUCAAGACACGACGAACAACGAUUCGACUUCGUGCCGCGCAGUGUUCCGAUCAAAAUCGCUCCAGGACACGCGAAUAAGCAAGGUCAGAAACGAAGAGAACGCACAGCCCGCUACGUGCGUUUAUUACGAGUUCAACUUUAAUAGAGAAGAUCGUAAUGAUACGAAUGUCGAGAUGAGGAUCGGGACGAAAUCGGAUUCUAUUUCCCGAAGCAACAGUCUGAAAGUUCCGAAGGAGCCGCAGUCGAUGCUGAUUCUGAACGAUUUCGUGGCCCACAAACCGCCUAAGCCUAAACGAAACUCGUCUCGGACUCAGAGUAUGCGAAACAGGGCGCGACCUGCCUGGAACAAGUAUGUUGAUUCGUCGACGCAGUCCUCUCGCGUCAAGUCGACGGAUGCCGACGGAACUCGAACGGAGGAAUCUCGAGCGAGGAGCGACACCGAAGGGAAACCCGAAAGAAAUGAAUCUAUGUGCAAUUCUAAAACGAUCGAGGAGCUGCUACAGUCUUCCAAUUACUCCAUGCAACAUAACGACGAUACCGAUCCGAAAACCAAGUUUUACAGUUUGCAAACCCGUCGUUCAGACAAAUGCGUCGCGUACGAUAUCGGUCGAUCGAUGGAUAAUUUCGCGUUCGAUGAGAACGAUUCCUCCCAUCAGUCGAAGGUUUAUCAAAUUGAGGAUCGACAAGAUUCCAAACAUUCCGCGGAUAGGGAUCGACGGUGUUGCUUCGAGAAUCAAAUUCCAACAAAAGAUACGCAGGAAACGUACGAUUCCUUAGAACCGAACGACACCUUCCAAACCGCGACUUUACAAACCGGCUCAAGUUUGCUAACUACGAACGAGCGCAUCGACAAUUUGGACGCCAGCGUAGAUUUAAGAAUCACCCGGGCCAUCGAGGGGACAGUUAAAUUGCUUUCGAAGGAGUUCGAGAAUCUGGUCCGAAGAGAGCAGUAUUUAAUGAAGGAGAAAUGUCUCCGCAUGUCGCAAUGCCAAGAGGCAAACGAAAAUAUGAAAUUGGAAGCGGAGAGGGACGGCAGGUUUUGCUUUCUAAGACGCGAUAUAAGAUUCCAUUCCGGCGGUGAGGACAGCGAUUGUGCGGACACGUCCGCGAUGGACAAGUCGGUGAUGGAGAGCGGCUCCUCGACCUCCGCCUCUAGCUGUACCAACUCGCCGAAGAGGAUGUGGCCGCCAGCUUCACGCUGCCAGAGCCACAUGAAAUGGACUAAAACCUUACCCACUAUUAACCAGGCCAUACUACCAUCCAAGCAUCUUUACGCAGUUUCAGGAAAAGUAGGUAACAAGAACGCGAAUACUUCUGCGAGAGGUGGAUUAGGAAACGCGACCAGCGGGAAUCAGUCGCGGCACGCGUCGGCGAAGAAUCAUUCUUCUCAUAUAACGCGAAGCAGCAGCGUUGGUGUUCUGAACCAGAGUGAUUCCGAGUCGGAUGUCGGCGCAGGCAACGGAAGAGGGUGGAACAGCCAAACGGGAAACAACAGGAUUAGCGGAUUGAUGAGACCAACGAUCAGUUCGCAGAACAAGAUCAAUCAUCAAAUAAAGUCGAACUCUUCUUCUAACAACAAUUUACCUUCAGUUCUUAGGAGGAGGGGCAUGCAAGGAGCGUAUUCAAGUGUAAAUCUAAGUCAAGUAGGUAAUCAAGAGGAUUCGAGCUCGGAGGAUACAUCCUCGAACGGGAACGGCGGGAAACCGGCGCUUCCUCCGAGACCUCGGAGCAUUAGCAUCGACCAUUCAGUCGCAAACUUAAGUCUGCCUGGUAACACAGUGAGGAGGUCGGGAUCGUCGACGGUAAUAACUAACGGGCGAAACGGAAACAGUACGCUCGGGCAGAACGUGAAUAGUCGAAUGUCGACAGCAAAUCGCAACCAACUCGAUCCCAGCCCUCAGGAACUUCCGGUUAAAGAUACUGAUCGCGCUAUCGAUGUAGCCAGUGCCGAGUUAGGCACGGAUAAAACAUUAGUGUCGACGCAACUGUGCAAUACGAUCGCGGACGAAUUGACGCGAACAGCGGAUAACGUGGUACAAUUGUACAAACGUUUAACGAUAGAUAACGAGGACGAUCCGUCCCGGGCCAGCAUCGACAGGGACACGAUGCUGCGGGGCCUCGAGUCCUCCGUCAACGAGACGAUGCGCACAUUACGGCUGGUCGUUUCCAGUGGCGAAGGCCACGAUGGUUCGGGGAAUACCGAGAGCGUAGCGAUGAACGAGGCGACCGCCAAGUUCCAGGAACUGCUCGCAGGCCAGGACCAGGGCAAAGUGGUGAACAUGAUGCAGCAGUACUCCGAAAUGCUCCUGAGCAUGAUGCAGCAGAGAAUGGGUGGGACGCAGUCGAGCCAUACGUAAACUCCGUCCAUCCGUUAGUUCUCUAACACUGUCCAGCCGCACGCGGUGCUCAGGUGUCGUAUAAUGUGAAACGUCUCUCGAUUUAUCCUUCCCUUCCUCGCCCGAAAUCUAUCGAAAUAUGUUUAUGCCGUUUGAUAUGUUGAUCCUGCCUCCUGUGAUCUGGACGCAGGAUCCUCGUGUGCUUUACGUGGAGGAAUUUGUGUUCGCAUUUAAGUUUCGUUUUCUUUUUCUCAAGAAGAAUUUUCUGUGUUUCCGAUCGAUUGAAUUUUUGAUCGGUAAUGGUGACGAGUGGUAUUUGUAGCCAAAGUUAGCGAAAUAUUUAUCGGCAUGAGAAGUUUAGAACGGGCUAAUUUCGAGACACGAUGAUGCAUUUCGAUAUUUUUCUGUCCCAUAUUUGAAACAGAAACUGUAUACUCGUAUUCCGAGGCCAUACGCCGCGCCGUCAAAUGCCAAUUAACUAAAGACUCUUACACUAGUUUUUAAAACAAAUAUAUAUUAUAUAUAUAUAUAUUUAUCGACUACCGCGCGAUAUGUCAUAAUUAUUAGCCCCUCGUUGUGCAACCAAAGGUUUUCUGUACCUACGGUCUAAAGAAGAGCAGCAACCUCCCUUCCUUUCCUCUUUAAAAGUGCUUCGACGAAACUUAAAUAACAAGUAAGCGAUGUAAACUUGUCAGUAUGAGAAAUGAAAUACGAUUGCUAGCUAUAGUGCUCUGUAAACCUAACUUAGGAGUAUAAUGGUACGUAGGAUGUGAUUUUGUGUCGUGAGAUCGAUAUUAUCACAGAGUGAACGCGCGAUCUGUCUCCUACUAAUUUUACAUCGCGGUGAAACGGUAGAAUCAUUCCUGAAUGAACUGACAAAUUUUGUGAGCAUGGAUAAAGACUGCAACGGCAGAUGAAUUUUUCGUUGGCGAAUUUAUUUAAAACCGGCAGCAUAUUUUAUCAUAGAAAUUAUAAAUAUUUUUACAUACAAAUAACGUCCAGAGACAAAAGUUCCACGAAGCACCGUAUAAUGAAAUUUCAUUGGAAACUCGAAGGCUUAACAGUUUCAGAGGAAGGAAUUGUAUCGAGGAAUCAUAGUAUUAACGAGCACGUAUUAGAAUCGCGCGCCCGGAUUCGUUGAUUAAAUUCUAGUUGACUUUCUUAACGUCCUCCUUUGUAAAGUUCUCCGACUAUAAGUAAUGUAUAAAACGUGCCAUUUAGGUUUAGUCGACAUCAUUUACAACGUCUACUCUUGACGAGAACGUUUUCAUCGCUUCUUCGAGCGUGUCGUUAAUCUCUCCGUUAAUUAAAUGUAACAUAUCUUUAGUGUCGUCCACGCGGAUUCGUAUACGUUCAAAUAAUUUAUUAAGUACUACACGUGAAAGACUAAUCCUAUGACUAAUCGCAAUUUCAGUAUUGCUUUAACGAGAAUCGUUCUCUUUUUUUUCAUUAAUGAUUCGAUCGCAAAGGCCUGCGUUCUCGCGUUGCUUUCCCUUGAUCCUGUAAAACCGCUCUUCGCAGAGUUGGUUUUAUUGUUCUCGAACAAUACGGAUCGACACUUUUGCCGAAUUUCAUCGAGACGACGUAGCCAUAUAUCGUUGAACGAAUUUGCUAAAAAUCAAAAGUUAAUUACGUUAGUAGCUGCCUGAAUCUUAUCCCGUUUUAGAAAAUCGGGGCCGAUGUUUCAACUCGGCGGUGAAGGUGUUGGUCGCGUUUAAAUAGGAACUAUGUAGAAUAUUUUGUAUCCGAUAUCGGAAUUUUUGUAACCGAACGUGAUAGCGUGUAAAUGGAAGAGGACCGGGUAGAUUGAAAACGUGUCGAAUCUCAUCUCAUCGUCUCAUACAUCCCCUCAUCGUACAUAUACAUAUAAUAUAUUAUAUUUAUCCAAGUUCACGCGUGGCAAUAAAACCAUUCCAAAAUUUCACUCUCUCAGUGUAAUAAUAAUCAUCGUGAAAGACAUUUGAAAUAUUUUUAACUGAACGCAGGAACGAUUACCGACUUUGUAUAUCGUCGUAAUCGUUAUCGUUAAGGCGUACCGUUAUGUAAUACGUUACUUUCAUUUUCUUAACUUGUAUAUAUUUAUUUUAGAACGUCUCGCAGGAGAAUAUAUAAGACAGACAAAUUUUUGGUAAUCGUGGAUGGAAAAUUGAUCAAGUUCGUCGUGAAGGCAAGAAUGUAACUUUUUAGCACUUUGUUUUGUAUAUUAUGUUAACAAUUAAUAAUAUAAUACCUUUUCGAAUGCCUAGAA